CGGGACGGGCGGUGACGCUGGGACGGGGAAACGGAGCUGAGAGAGCGGGCUGCCGCAGCUGGACCGACUCCCGCCCGGAACCAGAACAACACCAGGCUGCAGACGGACACACGGUUACAUCUGUAAACCAUCUGAGAGACGGUGCACAGCCGCUAUGAGAGACUACACGCCGACUCCCAGCCAUGGAGGCUCCUGCAUACCCUGCUGCCAAGUUUGCGUCUUCGUCUUUACCGCAUUUCUCAUCGUUGCAGAGAGGACGGCGCUGAUCUACUGCUUUGUGUACUAUCUGUGGGUGGGUCACAACUAUUGCUAUGCCCAUCUAGCCGGCUUCACUGCACUGUUCCUGCUGCCAGGUUGGGGUCCUCAGUGGCUCAGUUACUUGUGGUACCUGUCAGAUGGACGUAUCCGCAGGAAGUCUCUCACCUGGACACAUAUACUGCACCUGGGUAUCUUCAAAAGGCUGUUGGAGUGUAUGCAACUGCCAGAUGAGGAUGUGUAUGGUGAGAUCAUGCAGCAGGCGGAUGUAUCUGCCUUACGUCUGUUUGAGGCCUUGGUGGUCACCCUCCCUGAGACGCUGCUGCAGACGUAUGUGCUCAUCUGUACUGAUAUAGGAAUCAAAUCUCCAGCCUCGGUGUGUUUUGUGGUGUGUUUGUUGUCUCUCGCCUGGGCCUUGGUCCUCUAUGCCAGAGCCUGUUCACUCAUCAGACCAGGACACUUACAAAUGACCCCUGCUGCCAUUCUCUGUCGACUCCUGUGGAGGGUCAGUAUGCUGGGAUCUCGAUUUGCUGUUCUCAUGCUCUUCACACGCAUCUUCAAACAGUGGAUCCUAGGAGUCAUUGGUGUGCACUGGCUGGGUGCAACUUUCUGGAUGGUGUCUCAGCAGACUGACAUCAUACGAUCAACUAGUCGAUGGAGACUGUUUAACCUCUUUCUGGGAGCCAUUCACAUCUUUCUCUUCCUCAACGUGAAGUACGGUCAAUCCAGAUGCCGCAUGGCUGGAUUCUACCUGGCCAUGUUCAUAGAGAACGCUUUUCUUCUACUGGCCUCCUCCUGGUUGUUUACCAUGGUGUCCUGGGAUACUGUCGGCAUCCCAGCAGCAGUGUUCUGCAGCUUCCUCAUUGGAGUGAUAGCGUUGGUGCUGUACUAUCGUUUCCUGCACCCUAAAUCCUUUGAGAUUUUCCAGAGUAUUCGCCAUAGAGGGAUAGGUGGAGCCUGCAUGGAGCGUGGAUCUACACUGUCAUUGGAGGAGAAAGUCACACCCACUUUCCAUCGCCACGCAACACUGUCUGGAGGUGGGACUCUCAUGGACCUUCCAAUCCAAUGGGAGGGCUGGAAACAUCACCACUGGCUGCUGAUUCGUUUGGCCCUGAAAACGGGAGAUGUAACAAAGAUCUGGUCGUCGUAUGGCGAGGGGGGUCUGGCUGGACUGAUGGGUCUGUCUGAAGAAGUUCACUCCCCAGAUGAACCUUAUGUCCCUCGGCUUCCACCCAUUCAACCACAGAUUCCUCAGAUCUCACAUCCAACUCCUCAACCAGCUCCCCCACAAGUGACCCUGGCUCCACAGGUGAGAGAGGUGAUCCAGCCACCAAAGCCAACUCCCUCCACUGUAGUGGCCAGACCUGUGAGAAAAACUCCUCCCACAACAAUCCACGACAUUAGACGGUUCCCAGAGGUUAUCCCGGUCCCGGAGGCCAUUCCUGAAGAGACUGCAGAGGAAGAGUCCUUCAGCGCUCCACCAUCAGAGGAAAAAGGUGAUGAUGAUUUUCAGAGUGCCGCUUACGGCUCACCCACACCCUCAUCUCCACGGCAACCAGGAAGCCUCCGCCACAUCGACAGCAACGCUGCAACCCUGACUGAGGCCUCGUCCUCCGCAGGUUCCCUGGACAUCAAGACUCCCGGCUGGUCACCUGAGCGACGUUCCCCUCUACUGAUUGGUUCGCCAGAGAAAAAACCGGGGAUGCCUGGAGAGUCCAGCACUACACUGUAUUUCAGUGCAGAUGCACAGUCUCCCUCCAGUGGGAGCUAUCUUGGCUGGGGCUCCGAGCUGUCGCCCAUCUCCAGCUACCGAAGUCCCUACCGGAUCAGGGAGGCUCGUUUUGUCACAUCCACCCCAAGAAUGGAGCCUCGAGCUGGGGCUGAAAGUCCGGGCCUGGCGCCGGUUGUUGUGAUCCCUGCCACUCCAACACCAGGCACCACCCCUGGCGGGACCCCUGGUACUUUGACCCCUGUUGGUUCUACACCUGCAGCUUCAUCACCUGCAGCUUCAACACCUGCUGGUUCAACACCUGCAGCUUCAACACCCGCUGCUUCAACCCCCGGUGCAUCAACUCCUGGUGCUACUACGCCGGGUACACCGGUCGUUCCACUCACUCCAGUCAUCUCCCACGCUCGCAAACAGAUGGUCCAGUUUGUGGACAGUAGAGAGAGGGCAGUCUAAGGAGGGUGGGGAUAAAGGUGAGGGGAAAUCCUGGGUGGGGCAUGGUAUCUUUGUGAGUUUAGCAGUUGAGGAUAUAUCUGACUUCAUGCUUUAAAUAACCCGGAGAAGGCUUGGUGCGGGGUUAGGGGUCUUUUAAGUUCAUUUGAUUCAAUCAUGAAGAUACAGUAUACAUUUUUCUUUUCUUUCCCCUGAUAUGCAGAUACAGAGGUUAAAAUUGCAGAUAAUUGGGAUACAUGGGUGGCACAAUGGCAAAACAAUCGUUCCAGCUCACACAUUUAGCAGUGUUUGUGGGUGGUCAGCUGGUGACAAAUCAUGUUACUGCACUAGCAGCUCCUGGUUGUUUGAAGCAGCUACAUGGAGAAAGGCUGAACAGGAUAAACCUCCUCACAUGUGGUGCUCUUUGCAGGCAGGUUAAAAAAAAAGUAUCUGGGAAGUUCCUGCGUAUUAGAGGGGCAGGUGGCUGUCUGCUUCCUAUGCAAACCAUUAGAGCAGUAAACAGUGACAAACACCACUUUACAAGGGAAUUGUACUCACAAAAUUAGGGAGAUAAUUGGGAGAAAUUCGUUUUUCAGUUUAGUAUAAGCAGUUGCUGAAAACAAAAACUAUACAGAAGACUAUACACUGCAGAUUUGUAUACACGGAGGUUGAAAUCUGGGUUAGUCAAAGAAACCACUUACAGAAUUUCACAGGUGCUAAUAAAUGUGAAGCAUUGCUUCCAUUCAUUUAAAUAAACCCUUACACUUAAUUUUUAAUCAGUAGAAACUAAACUGCAGUUAAGUCCCUGGCUUGUUCUAUCAGUGCAGUCAGGUGAUGUUAUCUAUGAUAAAAUUCAAAAGCAAACAGAUUAUUAAAAUGAGGGGUUGUGAUGAAAGUACAAAGCAUAAACAAUCAUGUGAAUUAAUAGUUAAUGAAAUGCUAGCUGUAUCUCAAUGGCAAAGAACUUUCUAAAUGAAGCAAAUUAAACCAGUUUACAAUAACCAAACAUGCUGUCCGCCAAGCUGCUUGUGACGCCACUCACCAAAACCAGGCUCUUUUUUUAGAUUGGCAAGAUUAGUCUGAUACAAUGAAACCAAUGAUCUGUUAUGAAAUAUAGAAUCAAUAUAUACUUAAUGCAAACCCAAGUAUAUAUAUAUCCACAGUCAGUGAUUUUAAUAUGCUUGAGAAUGCUUCUCAUUAUUUUUUACAAAACCUUUUAGAUGAUGUUGAGAUGAUCUUGUCCAGUUAUCAGGCAGCCGCUCGCUCAUCGAACCAGUCAGUUACUCACUGUAUUUACCGUUCACUACAUGGUCGGUGUUAACACACAUUACUGUCAUACACAGAGACAGAGACAGAGGUCCUAAUUUACAGUCUGUAAAAUUGUAAAAUCUUUUCAUUAGUGUGUCUGUCUUUGUUGUAAUGAAACUAUCAGAUUAACAAAUGAUGAGAAGCAAAGUUUUGAAGGAAAAACAGUUUCUAAAUUAUUGUAUAUGCUAUGCUUUCCUUUGCUUAUUGUAGCUGCAGUCAUGUCAGUCAGUCAGCACUUUAGCAGAAAAGGUACAGCUUAAGUUUACUGUUAGAUGCCAGAGUGGCUGUAGCAUGAUAUUCUGCAAACUACACUAUAAUGACAACAUGGUAAUUUAUCAAAGGGAAAUUACUGGAAGCAAUAUAGAAUAUUAAAGCAGUGUCAUUGGAUGUUUCUAUUACUAAUAUAUAUUUCAUACAUUUCAUUUGGACAUUUUAUAGGCAAAGAAAAGUUACAAUGAAUAGACAAUUUCUGUAGGACAUAAUAGGUUUGUGGUCUUGUCUCUAACAGAGAGAAAGUAACUUUUAUGGCCACCUCUGAUAAUCACAUUUUAUUUCUCUUUUACAUGGAUGGAAUUAUAUUUAAAUGAUGAAUGAUAAGAUAUAAUGUGAGAUACAUGGUAAUUAAAUGCAGUAGCAGCAGUUGUCAGUUCUGAUAAUGUGAAUUAUAAUGGCAACAAACCUGUAUGUGCUGGGAUGGAAGUUAAACUAGUUCAUUACAUGGUGUUUUUCUUACUAAGUGAUUGUCUCAACUUCUUGUGGUCCCAGGGAGCUUAAUUUUUUUUUAUUUUCAAUUUGCCAUUCACUUUUUUUUUUAAUUGUUGAUAUCCAUUUAUUGAAGUUGGUCUUACUGAAGAGCUCACAGCAAGCUGUUGUCAGUGAAGCUUCAAGGCAAGUGUAGAAUGUAUUUGCCUUGUGAAGAAAGUUAAACAUGUACUUGUGAAAUACUUGUCAUCAACUGUGCAAAGGUUACGCCUAAAACCAGCUGCUAUUUUAAGUAUAUAUAUGAUAUGAGUGCCUAUUGAUAGAGGAAAAUGUAAGUAUUUCAUUUUGUUUUGAUAGAAACAGCUUCCACACAUGUAGACAAUCCAUCGCAGUAAACAUUAGGCAUAAAACUGGUUUCGUCAACAUGUAUUUUUUGUUAAAUUGUGCCCCUGUAGAGUGUUUUCAUGGCGCUCAUGCAGCAUUACACGUGGAUUACCUGGAAAUGCUAUUAACAUACAGUAAACACUAAAACUAGUUUGCAAGCUAUUGAGCAUUAAUUGAUUGACUUGGAAUUGUGUUGAAUGAAUAGCUGUAACUCGAAAUUACUUUGGUGUUCUCCUAUAACGUCAGCUAUUCAUAGAUAUGUGUCGCCCUUCAGUCUUUCCAUCAGUUGAACCUCCUACCUCAGUAAAACUGAAUUUCCAUGAGACAGAAUUGGUUUUAUUAUCUUUUUUGUCACAGUGAUAAAAUGUAAUUGCUCACUGUAUGACUGAAAACGCUCUGAGCCUUUGUUUAACAUUAUAAAACAUUUUUGAUAAUAUAACUACCAGACAGAGGGAAUCUAGAUAAAGAGGAGAUGUUUCUGAAUAGAAAUGUUUAUAAAGGUAAAAUGAUGUGCUGCUAUGGAUUUCCAGUUUGGUUGGUGCCAGUAUUAUGCCAUGUUUUGAUUAUUAUUAUUAUUUAUUUCAAUAUGUGAAUUGUCAUUUAAAUCACAGAAUGUGGUGUUUACCAAUAUUGGGCUUCCAUGUAUAUUUGUCUAAUAUUUUUCUGUUAUUCUUUUACCUAUGCUCUUUUAUUUUACUUUAUCUCUGUGCUUCUAAACAAAAAUAAUAACUAUAAAGUCAGGUCUAUGUCUGUAAAAAGCAAUUAAAAGGUUGAGCUGCUCAUGUUUGAAGGUAAUAAGACACGGGCAGCCGUUUGAGAAUAUACUGUAACUUGGGGUUGAUGGAACAAAGUACAGAGAAAAACAUGCUUUUGGCAGAACUGCUUUAUCAACCUGUGUCAAGCUGUUUUCCAUGUACCGCGGCCUGCUGAUACAUAAAGGGGCCAAUGCAUGAUACUUGUUCAUACAAGCAGCAGAGUUGUAUCUAUUCUCUUAGAGACAGAAAGCACUUACUGUAACCACACACACACACGCACACAUUACAGUAGUUAACGCACAUGCUAGAGUGUAUGUGUAUGCAAAAGCAAUAAGUCAGCUAAUGAAAUGUAUAUUAGUGCACUGAUGAAAAAUAUCUACGCUCACGCUUUAGACUGCAGUGAUGCCAUGGCUUCAUCAUCAUGAAUCAGCGCUUUGCCUUGUAGAAAGACAGCUUGUCUCAUGUAUGUGUAUUGCUUUAUAUUAGUACAGUAUGCUUUGCUUUGUGUACCUAAUGUGUAUGAAAAUAUUUGCUUGUGUUUCUAAUUUGAUUUGAUUUUAUAUUUGUGACAUUUCUUUCUUUUUAUAUUUGAUCACAUUUACUGUUAUGAGAUGAGCCACGGUGUAGUACUUCAGGGAUUCGUGCUGAAGUUUCACAUGUGAAAUUGUUUAGAGCCAGGAUAGUUUUCAUUGACAGACUGGAGUUAGUUUGCUGUUUGAGUGUAACAUCACCUCGUCACUGGACGACCUCCACUUAUAAACACGCAUCACUUCAUCUCUACAAGGAUUUCCACAGAGCAGCUGUGGGUGGUGGUACUGUGUCAUUAACUGUGCUAUUGAUGUGACAAAAUAAAGUCAUUAAUCAUGAUUAAAGCCUA